UGAAAUAAUCUGUCUGUAAACAAUUGUUGGAAAAAUUACUUGUGUCAUGCACAAAGUAGAUGUCCUAACCGACUUGCCAAAACUAUAGUUUGUUAACAAGAAAUGUGUGAAGUGGUUGAAAAACGAGUUUUAAUGACUCCAACCUAAGUGUAUGUAGACUUCCGACUUCAACUGUAACACUGAAAAAAAGUCGCACUUUUACAGUGUUAAUUUUAUCAUUUUUUGUACAAUAUGAUACAGUACACAGUAAAAACUGAAUUUCGACAGCAAUGAACCCUGGCAGGCAUGGGCUGUAGGCUUCUGUUCUGUUCCAGUUGCAAUAAUCGCAUUCAAUAAGAGCUAAAUUAAUUCACAGUCCCCCAGACCCCUACACACAAACAGGCGGUGCAGCCUCUGAAGCACCUUAUCACAAUUAGGCUAUUAGUGAUUCCAUUAGAAAAAUGAAAAAGUAUGAUAAUGAUGUUAGCGUUGUCCUGGCAACUCAAUGGCUUUUCGUGACUAUAAAACAGCUUUGAGGGGCGGUAUGUUUUUUUGCGGUGUGUAUCAGGUUGGGAGAGAGGUUACACCAAACCUGCUCCUGAACAGAUACUGCUUCGUGUCUAACAUACAUAAAACCGUUAUUCUAUCAAUUAAGUCAACAUGUUGAAACUUCCGGAGAAGUCCAGCAGCCAAACAGGCACCAGAAUCCUCCUCGAGGCCAUGUCGAACGAUAAGGUCCACUUGGCGAGGUUCAUUCUCGACGCACUGGAUGGGAAAAUCAUCGACUCCAAAACGGAGGGCGCGCAGACCCCUCUCAUCUCAUCUGUUCUGCUACCCGAAUGUCAGACCAGGUCCAAAUUCAUAGAGAUGCUUCUCCAUAAGGGCGCCAGCGUCAAUUGUCAAGACGAGAGCGGCCGCACUGCGCUCAGUUACGCAUGUGAAAAGGGUUACCUUGACGCGGUGAAGAUUUUGGUUAGAAACAACGCAGAUCCAGAGAUGGUUGACGCGUGGGGGAACACUGCGCUGAUGUACGCGGCAGUGGCUGGUCACUCACCGGUCGUUGCGUUCUUGGUGAGAGCCUUCAAGAGACUGGGGCUUCAAAUAGACCGACAGAAUAAAGUUGGUAACUCGGCAGUGGAGGUAGCAAAGUUUCUCGGCCACACAGACUGUUUUUAUGCGCUAACCAGUAACUCAAAGAAAAGCCGUGAAAAUGACAUUGGAGGUCAGAAAGAUGGUCAUUCCCACGUCAGCUCGGAUUGUAACAUAAAUGAGGAGAAGUUGGAGAGAAAGUUAUUGGAUCCCAUUAAGACACCAGACGUUCUCCAGGUGUGUCCCCAAAGCGACAGCUUGACCGCAGUGGACGGGACAUGGCUCCCGAGGCGUUCGGGUCGCAGAAGAAAUUCUUUGAUCUUAAAGAGUCGAUUACAGUCAAUGGAUUCCAUUGAGGAGUUUGAGAGAGAGAUUGACAUCCCCACAUUCCCACAGGAGCUGGUUUUCUCGGGUGUCCUCACCCCCAAACCCCCUCCUCGAUCUAACAACCUCCAGACCUGCCCAAAACUGAAAACAAUCUGUGUCAUCACCAAACCUGGGGAAAAGUUCACCAGCUCUGACAAUCACCUGCCUCCUCUUACCAGAGGAUCUGAGCAUCUCAAUCACAUGUCGGUUCUCUAUUCGCCUCGGCCGGCCAAAAACAACCUCAAAACCACAAAAAGCUGCGUGUCAAUAUCUGCGCCAGUAUCCUCUUCGUCCUCUCGUCUUGGUAUCCUACUAACUCCUAUCACAGGCAACAAAGGCAAAGACGAAUGGGAUAAUGUCAAACUGAAAACAGGACCUGACUUUAGUGUGAGGAGAUUUGACGACAGCUACUACCAGAAAAGGUGCAGUUUGCCCACAAGCAUCCUCAGUCCUGCACCUCCUGACCGUUCGAAAAUGCCUUUACACAAAACCAAAACUAUGUUUAGAAACGUUUCAACAACGGCCAACACAGAAAUUCCAGAUUUUACACCACCUGUUACCAGCUCCUCAACGACGUUCACGGUAUUGGGCAACAAACUGUUUCGGAGGUUUACAUUCCCCGCGUUUAAACAGAGCGGGAAGGAGGAACAGGGGGGCGCGUGUGGAGGAGAUCCCGCCUCAGGUUCACCGCGAGGAAUGCCGCGUUCAGAGACGUUCCCGCUGAGCACAAGACACCCGCAGGUGGGUAGUAAGCCCAGCAUAGACAGUAUCAGUGCAGUGAAAUGCGAGUUUGACUUCAAUUUUAAAACGGCCCAUUCUUCUUAAACAGUAUUUCUCUGAGGAUCAUGCAUAAUAGACAAAUGUCAUUUUGGAGAGCUGCAGUGUGUGAAGGCUUUUUCCCCCACUUCUUUUAUUCCAGCACUACUAACACAUUUUAUUGAACUUGCCGAAUUGUGAUUCUAGAUUGAGGACUAUAGGAGAUUAGUUGAAUCAGGUGUGUUAGUUUUGAACAAAUACCUGUACACACUAGUGUUGAGGAAAGGGGGGACAAACGCAAAGGCAUAUCCACGGGGAAGCCUCAUGCAGCACAAAUAGGAUGAUGUACAUUUACUUUGAAUAACAAACGUCAUCACUUUCAUAGCUAUUCAUAUUGGUUGUGAAAUAUCAAUACUAUACAUGUCAUUUGUUUAAAUUGUUUUCAUGGAUUGCAUUUCUAUUUCAGUUACAUUCUUGAAUUGUGAAAUAUUAAGAUGAAUUAAUAAAUCAUCGUUGGUAUUUCUAAA